AUGGAGAGAGUGAAGAAUAUGUUGAAGCCGAAAGUAAAUCCGCAACAGCAAUUGAGAGAUUGGCAACGCCGUCUCCGUCAAGAGUGCCGCAACAUCGAACGCCAAAUCCGAGAUAUACAGAGGGAAGAGAAAAAUGUACAGAAAUCAAUAAGAGAGGCUGCUAAGAGAAAUGACAUGGGCUCUGCUAAGGCACUUGCAAAAGAACUUGUGAGAUCUAGAAGGACUGUGAAUCGUCUUUAUGAAAAUAAGGCACAGCUGAAUUCAAUAUCAAUGCAUCUCGGAGAAAGUGUUGCUAUUUCCCGCACGGUGGGACAUUUAUCCAAGAGUGCUGAAGUCAUGAAGCUUGUCAACAACCUUAUGAAGGCGCCGGAAGUGGCUGUCACAAUGCAAGAAUUUAGCAAAGAGAUGACUAAGGCAGGCGUGAUUGAAGAGAUUGUGAAUGAUGCUGUUGAUACUGCAUUGGAUUCAGAAGAUAUUGAAGAGGAAAUCGAAGAAGAAGUUGACAAGGUACUAACCGCGAUAGCUGGUGAGACUGCUGCACAGCUUCCAGAAACAGUCAGGAAGGAGAGGUUAAAGCAACCUGCCCAGGCACCUGAAGAUGCUGAGGAAGAGGGUGUUGAUGACGAGGAAGAAUUAGAAGAAAUAAGGGCCCGUCUAGCGAAAGUUAGGUCAUAA